AUGGUUGAUACAAGACGUACGAAGAGUAACGCCACCACGACGGGCCCAUCUCAUGGUUUCGUGGUGGAAACCUCAAUGCAACAGCACGGAAUCAUGCCUGCCAACGCCCUGCAGCCGUCUUCUAGUGCUUUGCAGCCGCCUUCAGCUGCUGGAAUUGCAGAACAGCCGCCACAUGACCCUGGGACCUCCACAGCCUUGCAGUCGCCAGCGCCGAUUACCGGAGCUGCUCUGCCUCGCUGUCCUGCCGUCGGAGCACAGCAGCAGCCACACCACUUAACUACUGGACUUGCUGCACAGCCCCAUGGCUACUCUGACAUCGUCCCAGUCUUGGAGCAGAUCCAUUCUCUCCCUCCUCUGCGAUCACACUUGACAUAUGCACCUGUGUACGCGUCUAAUGGAGCCCUAGCCCACAUGCCGUUGGGCCCAAUGCACACCACUCUACUUGACCCGGGCAGUCAGGUGGACCUUAACUCGCGGGUUGAUCAACUCACACAGAAGGUCGAUGAUCAAAACAACCUGAUUGGCCAGCUACUCAGGCAGAUCAACUUGAAUCAAGGCCCCAACCUUGGACCCCGUGACGAGGAGAGGAGGGCACACGAGCAUGCUGGCGAGCAGUUCGAGAGGUCCCAGGCUAGUCAGACAAGGGCAAACCGGCAGGGGAAGAGAGCGAGAUCGUGCAGACGAGACGCAGACAGCUGCGAGCCGUACUCUGAGCCGUUCGAGGCUAGGACCCAGGACCAAUGUGCUCGAGAGGCUAGGCCCACAAUCCAAUGGCAACCAAGGGGAUCGACCCUUGGGAGCGGAGAAGAAGUUAGCCAAUCACGUUCGAGGCACCGAAGACGUCGACCUGAACGACCUUCCUUGCAAGCAGAGGAUGACGAUCAACGCUCACCAGCCCGCUCGAGGUCCAACAUGCGGCGACAAGCUGUGGAGGGAUCCUCCCAAACUCAACCUUCUCUCCUGCCCCACCGGCAGGGCAACCAAGGGGAUCGACCCUUGGGAGUUGGAGAAGAAGUUAGCCAGUCACGCUCGAGACACCGAAGACGCCGACCUGAACGACCUUCCUUGCGAGCAGAGGGUGACGAUCGACGCCCACCAGCCCGCUCGAGGACCAACACGCGGCGACAAGCUGCAGAGGAAUCCUCACAAGCUCAAUCUCCUAAUCUGCCUCACGGGCAGAGCACCCAAGGGGAUCGACCCUUGGGAACCGAGGAAGAAGUUAGCCAGUCGCGCUCGAGGCACCGAAGACGUCGGCCCGAGACUCCAACCCUGCGAGCAGAGGAUGUCGCAAAGCUAGUAAAUGACCAACUCCGAGGUCUCCGACUCAAAGGAAGCGCGGAGGAGGCCCUGUGCAAGGAAAUUGAUCGAGUUGACUGCUCGCCCUUUACCGACGAGGUGGAACGAGCUCCGCCGCCGAAGCGGUUUACAACGCCAUCCAUCACUCCAUUCAAGGGGGACUCUGACCCUGAGAGCCAUUUGAGGCACUUCAAGAGCGCCAUGAUCCUGUACAAGGCAGACGACGCCCUGAUGUGCAAAGUGUUCGCGAUGACUCUGCGAGGAGCAGCUCAGGAUUGGUUCCACACUCUACCGUCCGCGUCAAUAGGCAACUUCAAGGAGUUCGCCAUCAUUUUCACAAAGGAGUACACCUCCUACAAGACGGUCAGAAAGCAUGCAGACCACCUGUUCAACCUGCGCAAGAAGCCAGACGAGUCUCUACGAGACUACCUGAGACGGUUUAAGGCUGAGAAGGCUAACAUCAUAGGAUGCAACGACCAAGUUGCAUCCUCAGCAUUCAAAAAGGGCUUGCCAACCGAGCACGAGCUAUACCGGGAGCUGGCCAUAACUCCAAGUCAAACCUUGGCAGAAGUGUUCGCGACGGCAGAGCGCUACGCACUUUGGGACGAUGAUCGUAUCGCCGCAAAGAAAGCUAGCAAGCAAGUUGACCACCCGACGAAGCAGGCAAGCCAAAAGAGCAACAAGUUCGAGCAAAAAGCCCGAGAUAAGCGCAGAUCGCGGCCCCAAGAGGGAAGCUUAGAAACAGGGACCUUCACUGAGUUCGCUAUCCCAAUCCACCAGAUCCUAGCUCAGGUGAAGGAUAAGCCGUGGGUGAGGAGACCACCACCCAUGAAGGGAGACCCCUCUAAAAGAGACACCAGCAAAUACUGCGCAUUCCACGGGGAGCACGGUCAUUACACCAACAACUGCAACGCUUGGAAAAGGCACCUUGAGGAGCUGGUCAGAGAGGGCCAUUGCACAGAGUUCGUUGCAAAGAAGGCUAUCCAGCAGAUCGAGGAUCGUGAUGCAGCUGCCAAGGAACCUCCCCAAAAGGUCAUUCGAAUCAACACCAUUCUAGCCGACUCCCAAGAGUCCGGGCUGACCACCAAGGAGCGCAAGAGAAAGAUCGCUCAGGCAACUUAUGUCUCCCAAGUCACAACGGGAGUACCAGCCAUUGGGGAUACACCUAUCAUCGGCUUCCAGAAGAAGGACUUGAUCGGGCUUGACCUGCCACAUAAUGACGCCCUAGUCAUCUGCAUCCAAAUUGAACAAGCUGUGAUCGAGCGAGUUCAUGUAGAUGAGGGCAGCGCAGCCAACAUCCUGCAACUAUCUGUUAUCCAACAGAUGGGGUUCGAGCCCAAGAUUAGCAAACUUGCCAGAUCGCUCACCGGCUUCAAUGGGGCCACAUCAAUCACUGUUGGAACGAUCGACUUGGAUGUCCACUCACCCCCAGUGGUCUGCUCGCAGACCUUCAUGGUCAUCGACGAGGUUUCCCCCUACAACGGAAUCUUGGGCCGACCGUGGAUCAGCAAGAUCGAGGCCAUCACAUCUGCUCUACAUCAGAAGAUCCGCUAUCCCAUCCCUGGGGGCGGGAUCGGGCAGAUCAACAGUGACCAAGCCAUGGCAAGGAGAUGCACCGCCCAAGGGCUCAAGAAGAGCAAGCAGCUGCAGUUCACACCAUUAAGGAACCAGGAUCAAGGUGAGGGAAUCCGCCCGGAAGACUCCCCUGAAAAGGGUUGGAAGCCUGAGGAUGACGUUGAGUUAGUACCUCCUGAUCCUGGCCAGCCAGACAAAGAGGCGCAGAUCGGCUCGUGCCAGAAUCCAAACAAGAAGGAUCGAGACGAGGGAAUCCGCCCGGAAGGCUCCCUUGAAGAAGGUUGGAAGCCUGAGGAAGACGUUGAGUUAGUACCCCCCGAUCCUGAUCAGCCAGAGAAGGAGGCGCAGAUCGGCUCGCGCCAGAAUUCAACCAAGAAGGAUCGAGAUGAGGGAAUCCGCCCGGAAGGCUCCCUUGAAGAAGGUUGGAAGCCUGAGGAAGACGUUGAGUUAGUACCCCUCGAUCCUCACCAGCCAGACAAGAAAGCGCGGAUCGGCUCGCGCCUAAGCCCAGACGAGAAGAUGGAGCUGACCAUCUUCCUCCAGAACAACAAAGACAUGUUCGCGUGGUCACCAUCUGACAUGCCUGGCAUUGACCCAAACAUCAUCUGCCAUCGGCUCCAUGUCAACCCAGCUAGCAAGCCCGUGGUGCAGAAGAGACGCAACUUUGCUCCCGAGCGGGUCGCGAUCAUUGAAGCCGAGAUCGACAAGCUCCUAGCUGCCGGUUUCAUUGAAGAGGUCUCCUACUCGGAAUGGCUGGCUAACGUUGUUCUGGUGGCGAAACAAGAAAAGGGAAAAUGGAGAGUAUGCGUUGAUUACACCGACCUCAACAAAGCGUGCCCUAAAGACAACUUCCCACUGCCGAGAAUCGACCAGCUCGUGGAUUCAACUUCCGGCAACCAGCUGCUCAGCUUCAUGGAUGCUUACUCCGGCUAUAAUCAAAUUAUGAUGUACGAUGAUGACAAGGCGAAGACCUCUUUCAUCAUCGAAAGAGGGACCUACUGCUACAAGGUCAUGCCCUUUGGGCUGAAGAACGCCGGAGCAACCUACCAAAGGCUCGUGAAUAAAAUUUUCAAGGAGCAGAUCGGCAGAACCAUGGAGGUGUACGUGGACGAUAUGCUGGUUAAAGCCCCCAAGCGGGCAGACCACCUCAAAAACCUCACCGAGGCGUUCAGCCUACUCCGCCAAUAUCGCAUGAAGCUGAAUCCAAGUAAAUGCACGUUCGGUGUAUCGUCUGGCCGGUUCCUAGGGCGACAAGCCUUACCUCCAUUGUGGGCAAGCUACUUCACGAGUACAAACUCAAUGGAAUCUCUUUCAAGUGCUAUGUCUCGGACGUACACUUACAAGAUAAUGAGAAUUGAAGUUUGA